CUUGCACUACAAUUUGUUACGAUGAUCAAGAACUUAUAAAGUUACUUAACAAACUUGAAAAAAACUUUUUUAAUUUAAAGCAAGCAAAAAGCUCGCCUGAAUUCAAUAAUAUUUACAUUAUAGAUGUUAGAAAUAUUUCAGAUAAUGAUAUCAAUCUUUUAAAAAAGUUUAGAGUGUCUUACAAUAGUAAAUUUUAUGAUAGGAAAAAAAAAAUUAUAAAUAGUAUUACAAAUAUUUGUGAACAUCUUAAAUAUCAACAAAUAUCAAGACAUCGAUAUAUUCUAAUAGAAAAAAGUCUUAAGCUUAUUUGUCAAGUUUUUGUCUUUAUUAAUGAUUUUAAUUUUUAUAAAGGAAAAAAGUUCAAAGACUAUUUAUCUUUUGACAAUAGGUUAAAAUAUCAAAAAUAUAAAUUUACAGUAUUAUUUUCAAAUGAAAAUUUUGCAGAAAUGAUCACUUUAAUCAAAAAAGUACUCUAUCAAGACAGGCAUUUUGAUCACUUUAAAGGAGAGACAGUAAUAAAUUCUCUUGAAUGUUUAUUCAUUGAUAUUACAUUUAUUAUUGAAAAUUUAAAAUACUAUACUGAUUAUUUAAAUGAGUAUGAAAAAAUCUAUAUGAAAUAUAUUUAA